GGGUUUUUUCCAAAAUGGAUCCGAAGUCACAGUUGGAUUGUAGACAUCCGUUUUCCCCGCUUUUUGGCUCUGUCGGUCUAUUCUGUACUCAGUCAUUUUCCUUCUUACUUUUUUCCCUGCUGACUAUUUUAUGGCAGAUAUAACAAAGUAUGUCUUUGUUGAGCGGAAACGAGCGCUUCAAGUAGCCGCUUCAUGUGGCUUGGGCGUUAUAGAAGAAGAUGCAGAAUUAACCGGUUAUCAAACUUAUAUUGUCGAGCAAUGGGUUUGCGAUCGAAACAAGGCUUCCAAUACGGUCAAGGUGUUUACGGGCAACCAGUCUCACAGAAUCAAAGUGUGCGUCAUCGCCAUCUCCACAGCAGAUUUGCAGCAUCCACGUCCCGAAUUGAGUACUUUUUUCAAAACAACCACACCAAUGAAGCUCAAAACCACUCCGCUAGGAAAAAUCAUGUUGAUGGAUCCUAGUGAGUUACCUUACGAUAUGGAUAUGGUCGUGGUACCCGAUGGCGACUAUGAUAAAUGGAUUAGCCAGGCCUAUGUCAAUAUCAAUUUGCGACGAUCGAAUUGUACAGGUCGCAGUGCACUGAAUCUUCGCAAGCCAAAUCCCGCGUCUGAAGAAAAGUUCCGUUCCAUUUAUAAGAUUGCCGAUGCUGUUCACUUUGAAGAAGCCGUUAUUAAAUUGGUCAUCCUGGCUCAAGUGGCGCUUUACCUUUUCAAUCUAUUGAAAAAGGAUUACAUUGACGGUCUUUUAUGCAACGAAACCAUGGCCGCAUUUUGGAAAUUCUACACACAUUAUAACCCACAUAAAUCACCAGAGUACCAAUUGAAAGAGCCCUGGAUGGAACCCCAUUUAUUGACCGCAUUGAUCACCAAGCUUAUUGUUUGCAGGAACAAACUUCAAGCAUACAACUUUACCACCAUCAAGGAUCCAUUCGCUGAUUACGAAUUAUUUCGAUAUGACAUUGAAGAAUAUCAGCGCGUGAAGAAUCUAAAACGCACCAAGUUGAUUGAUUUGGAGACAUUGCGAAAGCUGAAUGAAUACAGCGUUGGACAGCUAAAAGUUCGCAAUGUCAUCAAGUCCAAACUCGACGAUAUCUCUGGAGUUCAUAACUCGCCUCUGUUCAAUGAAGCUUCGGAACCCGAGGUGUUUCGAGAUCACGCAACCAUUGAAAGCUUAAGAGCGAUAUGGCGUCCAAAGCUAAAGGGUGGUUUGGGCAAUGACUCAGAAAAACAACAGCAUGAACUACUACACAUGAUCAAAGGUGUUUCUGCUAGAACGACACGAACCAGUGGUGCUGCUGCCGAAAUACUGUCCAAGGUGGCCGGAUCGUUGCCAUGGAUCUCUACCUCGGAUCAUCGUCAUGCCAAACAAGAACGCUCAAAUAUCGUGUCACCAACAAAAAGUUUGUCUCCCACCCGACCUGCUGAAGUAAUGCAUACCAAAUCUUCACCGACCUACCCCUCUGUCACCUCAUCAUCAUCACCCCGUGCCCAGUCACAAGACACCGUGCCCACCGUCAAUAGGCACACAUUGGCACGAAAACCAUCACCUCUCGCUUUCGAAACGCAAAUAUCAUCGGAUGACGAUCUGCACAGUGACAGCUAUAGAUCCGAACCUGAUAUACGAACCCCUUUCAUUUUAACUGAGAACAUAGACUCGGACACUUCCCCAUCAAACAAAGACACAAGCCCGCCAACCGUCAGGGAGAGAGAAUCCCCUUCUAGCUGUGCAUCAUCCCCGUCAUCGUCCCAUCCAUCACCACUUAUUGCCUCGGCCGAUGUGGAUACACGCGAUUUCACGAAAAUUGAAAAACCUUAUCCGUCCACGAAACACACGCGCUCCAUGUCCGAUAGUGCCGUCGCUUACAAGUACGAUAAAACCCAUGUGUUUCAUUGUAAACCGGCAAAGAAAGGCUAUCUGCGACGAGCCGAGAUCCAACGAGCCAACUCUGUGGCGGUCAUGGCCACAGCCGUCGACCGCACGCUCAAUGAUACCCCAUCUCAGGCAUCCCAACGGCCAUCCGCUCACAUGGACGUACGCACCUAUAUCAUUUAUGAAAAACUACGACGACAACACAUGUCCCUUAAAGCAACCUAUAUUAAUCUGCAAAAAACCACUCACAUAUAUGAAGUCAUCGCUAACCGACUGCGGGCCACGUAUCUGCGGCGAUUUAAAGAAUUUGAACAAAUACAGCAUGGCGCGAAACAAGUGAUUGAAGAACAGCAUGAAACGGAACGACGGUUAAAAGAAGUGGAAGAUGAAAGCGCCAAGUUACAUUAUGAACUCAAUGUGUUGAAUGAUUAUUUGAAAGAUAUUGAAGACAAUGUAUGUGCUUUCUACGGCAAAGUCGACCUUCUCGAACAGAAGAUGGAUGAUUCUCAACAAUCCAUCACUACCAUGCUGCUUCUCGGUAAUUACUUUAAUCAUUAUUGGCAAAAAGUGAAAUACUGGAUCGGUUGGCGUCCACCGGCGGCCGGUCCAUCAUCUAUGUACAAAGAGUCUACUUCUUCCAUUCCCUCAUCUUCUACUCCCUCUACUUAAAAAAAACAUUUAAUAUAUUACACACGGCGGGUUCGUUUCCGCUUAAUCUGCUUUUCCUUCCCAUCCUUGUCGGCCUCUUUUUCGGGUUGCGCGUUCUUUUCGUUUUGCCAUCGAUUGACAAUUUUUUGCACCCGUUUGCUGGAAUGGGCUUUUCGUUUAUGGGGAGUGAAUGCGGCCGAGGUGCCAGCCGAGGGAUCAAAAUAGGAAGCAAUAUUCGAUUGAUGACCCACCGUCUAGAU